AUGUUGGCCUUGACUUUGGAGAAGCUGGUUUACGUAAUCAACAAGCCUUUUUCCCGUUUUAGGAGACAAACCUAUGAAGAAAAAAGAGCAUAUGAGUUCUUUGAAACUAAUGACUUGGUAGCUAAAACCAUCAUAUUAGCCUUCAUGAAUGAUCUAAUCAGGGGAUUUACGGAUUAUCCAAUGGCCAAGGAGAUGUUUGACACUAUCUCCUCUAAAUACAACAACACUACUACGAUGCUUGUUCAGUUGCUGUUGAAACAAUACAACUCAUAUAAAAUGAAAAAGUCAUGUAAAGUAGUGGACCAUGUUAACAAGAUGUUGGUCAUGGCUAAAGAUCUAGCCAUAGUUGAAAAUGACAUACCUGACAACAUGCAGAUCAGUACCGUCCUGAACAGCCUACCACCUUCUUGGGAUAUGGCAGUCAUUGUCUUGAAUCUUCAAUUUGAUAUUCGAACUUUGGAAAAGCUUCCCAUACAGUUAGCUAUUUAG